GCUGUGGACCAGCUCAAAGCUGGGGCUCUUGCAGUGGAAGCAGUGGCUGCAGCACUGGUUGAACUUGAGGACUCUCCUUUUACAAACGCGGGCAUGGGCUCCAACCUUAAUUUGUCAGGCGAAAUUGAAUGUGAUGCGAGUAUCAUGGAUGGGAAGUCGCUGCAUUAUGGCGCCGUAGGGGCUAUAAGUGGUAUUAAGAACCCAGUCUUAGUUGCAAAUCGUCUACUGAAUGAAGCACAGAAAGGGAAACUAUCAGCUGGCAGAAUACCCCCCUGCUUUUUAGUGGGGCGAGGAGCACAUGAUUGGGCAGUCAGCCAUGGAAUACCACCAUGCCCUUCAGAGAAAAUGGCCACCAAGUUCAGUUUAUCUGCGUACAAGAGGAACAAGCGAAAGAUGGAGCUGGCAGAAAAAAUGGACACAGGACAUAAUCAGGCAAAGAAAAGACGACAAUCAAGUGAAAAUGAAAAUGGUUCAGGGUGCCUCGACACAGUGGGAGCCGUUGUGGUAGACCUGGAAGGGAAUGUAGCUGCAGCGGUGUCCAGUGGAGGCCUGGCCAUGAAACAUCCUGGCAGGGUUGGCCAGGCUGCUCAUUAUGGAUGUGGCUGUUGGGCUGAAAAUGCCUGUAAUAUGAACCCUUACUCUACAGCAGUGAGUACCUCAGGCUGUGGAGAGCAUCUGAUUCGCACCAUGCUGGCACGGGAAUGCUCUGCUGCCAUGCAGUCUGAAGAUGCCCACCAAGCACUGCUGGAGGCUAUGCAAAACAAGUUCAUCAGCUCACCCUUUCUGGCCAGCGAAGAUCGUGUUCUGGGUGGAGUAAUCGUCUUGCGCUGCUGCAGAUGUGUGGAAGCUCCACCGUCGCAAAAUAUUCAGGGUAUACUGGUGGAGUUCCUAUGGAGUCACACCACAGAGAGCAUGUGUGUUGGCUACAUGUCUGCCCAAGAUAGCAAAGCAAAGACACACAUAUCCAGAUUACCACCUGGGACUGUUCCUGGACAGUGUUUGGCCAUUGAGGGCGGUGUGUGCCGACUGAUGAGCAGAGGGGAGUGAGCCGCAUUCGACCUCCUUCUGGGCUUCUUCAGCAAUACUCCAAUACGAACCCUUCCACCCACAAAAACACACACACACACACACACAACACCACACACACACACACACUCACACUCACCUACACCACCUUUGUGAUGCCAGAAGUAAUAAGCUUUAGCUGUUUUAACAGGUGCCCAGGAAGGAGGGAAGGGUGUAAGCUUCUACUUAGUGCACUUACAGGACUUCCCUUUGCCACUGUCUGCCUCCAGCAUGUACUCUAUGCCAAUUUACCCCCACAAGCUCUACAGUGUCACCUGGAUUAGACUUGAUGCACCAUUGCCUUGAUGCACCAUUUUUUCUUUGUUACUCUUUUCCAACUAAAAGUGGCGUCCUUCCUUUUGUAUAUAAGCUAUGAUUUAGGAAAACAGGGUGGAUGUUCAUGUUGUUUUGUAUUGCUGAACAGAUGUGACUAUUUUCAAACGUUUAGGAAUUUCAAAUGCAAGACCUUAUUUUGUUCUUGAAAUACUUUUCAAGUUUAAAAAAAGAUGUCAGAUUGCACCUUGUGGACUGCCUGCUACUCAAGAUAUUUGUUAUGAAUGAAGCAUUUAUAGCUGUGAGAGUUGAACAGUAAUGAUAAAAAUAUAUUUACAGUGUUAACACGUACAGAUCAACUUCCAUGUACUCAUGCACACAUAUUGUUAUUAAUCCUCCAUAAUACUGUAUAAUGUAGCAUAACGUGCAUCUUAGAUCAUGAUGAAUUUUAUAACCAUUUCAGCCAUAGAAUGCUUUGCUUUGAUUGUUUUGAAAUGUGAAUACAUAGCUAUUGCAUGUACAAAAUCUACAGUAAGCCACUACACAGGCGUAGAGUUGAUCAAGAAGCAGGAAGCUAUGCACUUCCAGAGUGAUGCUGAUUCAUAUAUAUAUAUAUAGUGCUCAGGUAGCAGCAUUUGACCCCACCGCCAAACAUGACUGUUAGCCCUCAUUUAAAAAUCCUGAUUUAUAUUUCUAUAGUCAGAUUGAAAGAGACAUGUAUUUUCUUGCUAAAAGGACAGCUAAAAACUCAUGUGUAUGCAUCGAGCCCAUGAAAUGGUGCUGUUGAGAAUUGUACUUGAAAGGAGUAAGGGUCUAAAUUGAUACUUUGGUUUAGAUAAUCAGAUUCUCUGGUUUUGCUGUUUCACUCAGUUACUACUAAGAAUUACAGUCUCAACAAAACCUUAAUAGAGCUUGUUUAUUCUUUACUUGAAAAUGCAUCUAAUAUGAAAUGGUAUAAGCUAUUGAAAUGGUAAUAUGUGCACAGCUCUCCACAGUGCUCGAGAAGUAAAUAAAAUCUACGUUAUUACA